UCUCUCUCUCUCUCUCUCACACACACACACACACACACACACACACACACACACACACACACAAAACUCGGACCUGCGGCACCACUGCUGCUCCAAUCCCUGGAAAAGGCAAGCGAGCGCCCUCCGGACCGCUGCGCGCACCCCGGCUCCGGCCCUGCGCCCGACGCAUAGCUAGUGCCUUUCCCGAGCGCGGCCGCUUCGGCCGGCUGUUCUGGAAGAUAAAGAGGGGAGGGAGGAUAGAGACAGAUCCUGAAAACACCCCGGCCACACACGCCGCGACUUAAGCUCUUUCUCGGCGUACAAGUGAGGACGGCGCCUGCAGCGCCCUGCCCUGGUGAGGUCCGCGCGGCUGCCGGGGAAGAGCCCACCUGCCCGUCUGCGAUCAGCCAGCGCAAAAAGUGCGGCUUGCCGGCGUCCUGCGCAAGCAGUGCCUGGGGCUCCCGGCGCCCUCGCCCCACGCCGAUUCGAAGUUCAACCCUCCGCUCUGUCGCGGGCCCCUCGCGGCCUCGGAGUGUCCCCCCGCCACGCGGGGAGCGGACGCGCGGCGCCGGGACCUCGCUAUGGCUGGGGCGCGCACGCUGCUCUAUCUGUGGCUGGGCUGCUUCUGCGUGAGCCUGGCGCGGGGAGAGGGACUGAAGCCGGAUUUGCCCGAGCUCCACAAGGCCGUGUCAGGUGGUGAAUCGGGCCCCGUGCUGCCGCCGCACGACAAGGUGUCCGAGCACAUGCUGCGGCUCUAUGACAGGUACAGCGGCGGCGGCAAGGCCGAGGCGGAACGGACACCGGGGUCCUCUGAGCGGGGCUCGCGGCCCCUGCGCCCCCAGCCCCUGCGCGAAGGCAACACGGUUCGCAGCUUUCGAGCCGGAACAGCAGGAACCCUUGGAAGCAAGGGACUGCACAUUUUUAACCUGACUUCUCUAACCAAGUCUGAAAACAUUUUAUCUGCCACGCUAUAUUUCUAUGUUGGGGAGCUAAUAAACAUCAGCCUGAGUUGUCCAGUGUCCCGAGGAUGCUCACAUCAUGCUCAGAGGAAACACAUACAGAUGGAUCUCUCUGCAUGGAUCCUUAAAUAUGACAGAAACCAAAGUCAACUCCUGGGUCAUCUUUCAGUAGAUAUAGCCAAAUCUCAUCGAGACUUUGGAUCCUGGCUGUCUAAAGACAUCACUCAACUCCUGAGGAAGGCCAAGGAAAAUGAGGAGUUCCUCAUAGGAUUUACCAUUACCUCCAAAGGACACCAGCUGCCAAAGAAGAUGUUCCCCUUCCCCGAGCCUUAUAUCUUGGUGUAUGCUAAUGAUGCUGCCAUUUCUGAGCCGGAGAGUGUGGUGUCAAGCUUCCAAGGACACCGGAAUUUCCCCACCGGAGCUGUGCCUAAACUGGAUAGCCACAUCAGGGCUGCCCUUUCUGUUGAGCGGAGGAAGAAGCGCUCUGCUGGGGUCCUGUUACCUUUGCAGAACAAUGAGCUUCCUGGGGCAGAAUAUCAGUAUAGGGAGGAUGGGGUAUGGGAAGAGAGAAAGCCUUACAAGACCCUUCAGACUCAGGCCCCUGAGAAGACUAAAAACAAAAAGAAACAGAGAAAGGGACCUCACCAGAAGAGCCAGACGCUCCAGUUUGAUGAACAGACCCUGAAGAAGGCCAGAAGAAAGCAAUGGAUUGAACCUCGGAAUUGUGCCAGGCGAUACCUUAAAGUGGACUUUGCGGAUAUUGGCUGGAGUGAAUGGAUUAUCUCCCCCAAGUCCUUUGAUGCCUAUUAUUGCUCCGGAGCAUGCCAGUUCCCCAUGCCAAAGUCUUUGAAGCCAUCAAAUCAUGCUACCAUCCAGAGUAUAGUGCGAGCCGUGGGGGUCGUGCCUGGAAUUCCUGAGCCUUGCUGUGUGCCAGAGAAGAUGUCUUCACUCAGUAUCUUAUUCUUUGAUGAAAAUAAGAACGUGGUACUUAAAGUGUAUCCUAACAUGACAGUAGAUUCGUGUGCUUGCAGAUAACCUGGCAGAGAACUCAUAUGAGUGCUUAAUUCAAUCAGUACUUUAUUUAAUGGACUUCCCCCUCCUUUUUUUUUUUUUGCACUGCCAAUGCAUUUCACCCCAAAAGAUUUUUUUUAUAGUCAAAGAGAAUGAGCAAAUAGACUGAUGAUUUCCACCAAGGAGAACUGGACUGUGUUUGUUUCUGAAUGUAACUCAAUGCAAGAUUUUAGUAAAUAUGGACAUUUAUUUCUUUUUUAAAAAAAAUCAUAAAAGAAAAAUGAUCACUCAAACUGUGUUUAGAGCUAUUAGAGGACACACUGAUUUAUUUUUGUAAUGGGCUUUGAAAAUAAGUUGGGAAAGCACCAACAGCUUAUCACUUAUCUCUGCUCAUAGAGAAUAGAAACAGUUCAUAUUCUGAAGUAGGCUUAUUGCCACAGAUUCCUGAGUGACUCAGCAAGUGCGAAAUAAUCCAAUCAACAUCUAUGUUUAUCUUAGAAAUGUUUAAGACUCUUGUUUACCUGUGUUUUUCCUCCAUGUGUACUUGAGUGAAUUGAUGAGCACAGAGUGUACGCUGAGUGGUGGUGUAUGUAUGUGUGUAUGUUGCUGGGUGCCCGUGCCACUCUGUAGGAAGGUUUGCUUAGCAUGGUUUUAUAAUUCAGUCUAUGCAGGAUUCUUUGUUUUUUUUUCAUUUCAUAUUCUGGCAAGCACCAUUCAAUUAUGAGAACUUCACCAAAAAGGAGAGAGUGAUCCAAGAGCAUAUGCAGAGAGUUACCACUUGGGCAAGCCAUUCAGUUUGAAAUACAGUUGUUUUCAUUUCAUUGCCUCCUAGAAAAGUGAACUAGCAACCCAAUUUUCAAAAACCCGGCUGGAAUUCCCUUCUGUACUUCUUUGUCACAAGUACCUUCAUUUGUUCUUUUAAAUUGAAUUCAAAAAUUCAACUAAAUUUUUAAAAUUUGAUUAAAAUUUUAGUUCUCUUGAUAUGGCUUGACUUCCUGUGAAGUAAUCCAUAGAUACUGAGGCUCAAAAACUGACGGAAUAUUGGAGAUUUCUUUAAAUGACCAAAUUAAUCACAAUCACAUGUUGAAUAUCAGACUUCGGCCACAUCCAGGGCCAGGCACCUUUUUACGUGGAUCAAGGUUCAGCCAUGAAAUCUAUACUUUAGCAAAGCUCACUAAAAAUUAUUCACCAAAAAAAAAGGAAGUCAAAUAUAGACGCUUUGUUUUUUCCCACUUCCAUUUGUCAUAAAUAUCCUCUUAUACUUUGCCCUUGAAAACUUGUUUCAAAAAUCUCUCUUGCUAUAUUCGCAAAAACAAAAACAUUUUCAGACCAUGGGUUGGUGAUGAUGUCAUACCUGUGGUUAGUAGUCCUCUGAAUUGAAUCUCACCUGAUUAGAGACGACUAAGCUGUUUCAGAGGCCAUGAACUACCAGAAGACAUGGGGUUUUUGUUCUCUCUCUACCUAUAGCUACCUAUCUUGGUUCACCAAUUAAUAAACAUUUAUUGAGCAUUUAUUUUGUAAAAGGCACUGUGUUAACUGCAUGUCUUUAGCAUCCUCACUGGUAAAAUGAAGAGGUUGACUAAUUGAGCUAGUUGAAUGGAUGAUACCGAUAGAUAUAACAACACUGCAAGUAUCUCUGUUCAUAAACCAAAGGCAAGAACAUGCUCAUCUUCAGUGUUUGAGAGCGAGUAUGGAAUUCUUUGUGGUUUCAGUCGUAUUUCUAGCUUUCUAACUUAUUAGAAAUGCAUUUAAAGAAGAUUACCACGUACAGAAGCUCUUUGACACUUUUGGAAUACACGGAGGUUGGCAUGAGUGUAUAUUAACUCAGAAUGAGACACACUCGUUGAAUAAUAAGUUAAGCUCUGGUGCUUGAGUUACUGUGGUUUCUCAUAGUUCAUUUUUUUUUUUAUUCUGGCAGCACUAUGUUAAAUAUUUGAAAUGAGAUAGGUGUUAGGAUUACUUUUAAUAAACUUUAUCAAAAAUUUGAAAGCAAAAUUAUAUAAUAGAAGUGAGCCGGUAUGUGACCACCUUAUCCUGGGUAUACCAUCUUUCAAUAAAGAAAACUUCUUUCUCGUUGGUAGAAAUAAUGAAAUUCUACAUUUAGUUUUUUCCUCUAGCAGUUCCCAGCAUUACUUUUCAGCCUUCUUUCCAGAUGUCUGUUUGUUACCUUUCUUAAUUUUAAUUGAUGACCAUUUACUACAGAUUAAAUCCCACAAUGGCCAGAAAAGCCUCUAAACAAUAAAAAUUUAUGAGUACAAACUAAGUAAGAUUUUAUUUUAAGUAGCAGUUUAUAUAACAAAAUUACAACAUAAUUAAAGAGCUUGGUAGUCUUUCAGCAAUCAAAAUACUUUUUGACCAGUAGCUAGUUAUUUCUGGGUGGCCUUGUAACCAUUAUUUCACUCCAUAUUGAAGACAUGUUAAGCUAUAAACAGGAAAAGUUAUAUUCCCCCCAAAAUAAAGGAAAAUUUCUUUUCAGUCGAACAGGUUGAAAUAAAUGAAAUGAUGUUUUAACUAAUAAAAAUUUACUGAAAUAGUUGGAAAACUGAAUGACUAUUUCACAAUUUCUUAGGUACUAGUGUAUGCAUAAUUUUUACAUAGACUGUUUACAAAUCUCCUGGUAUAAAAAUGGCAAUGGUGUGAGAAGAGAAAUUAUGUUUAGAAAUGCCAUUUCCUAAAUCAUGUAUCUCUGUCUGUCUCUCCCUCUUCUCCUUCUCCUGUUCCCCCCUUCUCUUUCCCAAAUGCCACUCCACCCCAGUUCCUAGAUGUGACACGCACACACACACAGAGUCACUUAAAAAAUGAAUUUUUUUCCAAUAGCUGUUCUCUUAAAUUCAAAUUCAGGGGCUGCUGAUGUCAAUAUAGUAUUUUCAAAGUAUCCUAUUGUAAACGGUGUGAUAAUAUACAAUUUACAGGAUUUGGGAUUGUGGAAUUUAAACUGGAAGAUUGGAUUCCCCAGAUCUCAGGACUACAAUACUCCAGAUACAUUUUUACAUUCACCUAGCUAUAUACUGACUGAUGAUCAUUUAUUCACUGAGAUAAGAUUUUUUACAUUAAUAUUUCUGGAACAACUCUUGUCACCUAUUUAAUGUUUUUAUAGACAAUCAUAUGUGUAUAAUACUAUUAUCAGUCUCCCAUAAAAAUUUCUUUUUAUAAUUACAUGAUUCAGUUUAGUCUUUCUGCUUUCACUUUUCUCUGUGCUAACAAGUAACUAAUAUCUGGAUAUUGACUUCUUGUUGUAUCAAGGUUGGGUUAAAGAAUAGCUAUGCACAUGUGGUGUGUAAGAUUAGGCAUAAAAUUAAAUAAGAAUGCUUGUUUCCCCUUGAGAAUCAUAUUUUAAUGUAGUUUAUAGGUGAUUAAAUGACCCCCCCUUUUCUAAACACCAAGCGUUCCCUCAGCUUUUCACACUAGUUUCUGUAAAUGUUUUAGACCAGAAUUUAAUGCUUGUACAGUUGGUGGCAAUUUAAGAAAUAUAUAUUAUAUAUAUAUAUAUGGGAAAACUUUAAAGAUGCUUUUAAUUUAUUUAAUGACUGUUGCUUUUCUAUAAUGGUAAUUUUCAUCCUUAGAUGGUGAGAGGAAAUUCUUUUUACUGUAGUUUUUACAUGCAAAAUGAAAUUUGGUUCUUUAGUCAAAUCCACUAACGGGGCAUGUCUCAGUGAAACUGUGUAAGACACGUCACUACUGAUGGAUAAGCUUUGCUGACUUUGUAUCAUUUUCCUCCAGUAAAGGAGAGCUUUUCAUUAUACAGUAUGAAAAUAAAAAUUGCUUAAUUGAACGCUUCCCCAUUCUUCUCUACUACACUGUGCUGCAUUUGAAAAGAGGUUAUAAGGGUUGGGCACAGAGUUGAACAUUUUCACAUGGUGUCAUGAGUGGGACAUCAUAAGCUACUAUCAACAAAGCAAGAUUACGACAUGGAACAAUACUGAAAUACACCCGGAAGGGGAACACUUGUCUUCCAAACUGGAGGAACACAACUUGAAUUCUUUUGUGUUUGUUUGGUUUUGUAUUUCUUGUUUAACCACAAAGUCCCCAUUUCUUAAUUGGAGAUAUUUUUUUUUUCUGGGAACCUGACUCCCUAUUUUGACAAUAACAUUGUUUCAUCACUUGUUGUUGUUACCAUAUUCUAGGUUCAUUUUAGAUGAUAAGCAUUUAAAUGUAAUUAAUCUGAUCAUUGAGGUAUAUUGCUCUAUUUUUAAGCUCUAGCCUUCCCUUUGAGAAAAAGAAUGACCCGAGGUUAGGAAGUAAAACAUAAUUUCAUAUUAUUUUCACUCAUUUCAUCUAUCUCAGAUUUAUUCAGACUGUGAGGUUUAACUAAAAUCUAUAGCUUUUUGGAAUUAUAAGGCACUUUAGAGAUCAUCUUGAGCAAGUUUCUCCGCCUCUCUGGGCCACAUUUAACUCACCUAUAAAAUGAGGCAAUAAAUUUCCUGCCUCAUAGGGUUGUUACAAGGUUUAAUAAGAUAAUACAUGCAAAUUACCUUGCCAAGUGCUUGAAACAGAAUAAAAACUUAGUUACUAUCAAUCGUUAUUAUUAUUAUUGUUGUCUAAUUCUGUCUUCCCAUUUCCCCAAUAAGGACACGUAGACAUGUUAUAGUUUACACCUAUUUGGAUGUCUACUGGUUGUGCCGUCCUCUAAAAACUGACUUCCACAGACAGAGACGGUUU